AAUAGCUUUGUUGACAUAAAUGCACCUGAAAUUAUUAGAUUGCUCGUCCCAAAUCUAGAAAAAAAGUUGGGUUGAUUCCUCGUUCUCGCCUUCCUUCUUUUCCUCCCACCACACCCAUCGCCAUGUCCUCCACCGCCUCGGGUUCUGGACCCUCGGCCACUUUGGAUAUUUUCCAGCCCAACAGCAUGGGCGGACAAUCCUUGGACCAGGAUGACGUAGUCUUGGAGGGUCAGAUGUCCAGCGGCAUCCCCGGAAGCGGUCCAUCCGGCAGUGGCGGGUCUGGUGGAGGUUCGUCCAGUUUUGUGCCACCUGGGGGAUUCAAUACGUUGGAUGAACCGAUCCGAGAGACGAUCAUGCGGGAUGUGCGGGCUGUGGGCCAGAAGUUCUUCCACGUUCUGUAUCCGGUGGAGAAGACGAGUUUGCUCAAGGAAUGGGACUUGUGGGGUCCCUUGAUUUUAUGCACGUUUAUGGCUACCGUGCUCCAGGGGCAUGAGACCAGUACGGAUAAAUAUGAUCAUCAUGAUGGUGGACCAGAAUUUGCAGAGGUGUUUGUCAUCGUUUGGGUGGGAGCCCUCAUCGUGACCCUCAAUACCAAACUGUUGGGAGGCACGAUCUCGUUUUUUCAAUCCGUCUGCGUGCUCGGAUAUUGCCUCCUGCCUUUAAGCGUGUCCUUGCUCAUUUGUCGUAUCAUUCUGCUUGCCUCGCAAACCACAUUGCUUUUCGUCCUUCGCCUCUGCGCAGUUUUGACUGGAUUUGGUUGGGCCACCUACGCGUCCAUGCAAUUUUUGGGCGAUUGUCAACCCGCUAAGCGAAAGGCAUUGGCCGCUUAUCCAAUGUUCUUGUUCUACUUUGUCAUUAGCUGGAUGGUCAUUUCGCAUUCCGCUUGAAGCGCUCGUCUUUGCCGUGUUUUGUUUUGUUUGCCCUUGGCUGUGUGAUAAAGGUUUCUUUUUGUAAUUAACUACAUUUGUGUAUUUGACCUUGGUGGAAAAUAUAUAUUUAAAACCAUAA